CGUGAUCAAUGCAGCUAAGAUCUUGCAAGCACGUUGGCAGCGCAGCGGCCGUCAAGCACAGGACUCCUCGCCGUGGAUCGUUGAUAUUGGGCUGUCCGGGCGUGAUUGGCUUCUGAUUUAACCCGUGGCUUGUGCGGGUGUGGCUGGGGCAGCUGGACUGCGGCUAACCUGUUUCGGAAGAAAUGGAUGUGGCGGGGCCCGGGCGAAAGAGGCCUUUCCGCAUACGGAAAGUGAGGGGAGUGGGGCCCGUUCUCAUCCGCCACACUACAGUAAUCACAACCAUAUAAGGUGCUUCAUGUCGAGGUCUUCGUACGAGGAAGGUCUUCAACCGAAAGUCUUUACUUCCAGACCGCUCACUAGACGUGUCCGACAUGGCUCCAGGUCAAGCUCAUCCUGCAACACUGGCACUUCAUGCCGACGACCCUCUGCAUCUGGUGACCGACGUCGCUCCACCGAUUCAUCUUUCGACCACCUUCCGCUUCCCCGACAAUCCCGAUGAAUUGAUUCCGUCGGUAGAUCCUGUCGAUGAGUUCACCGGCAAGAACUACGUCUAUUCCCGCGAAUUCGCGCCCAAUGCAACCCGCUUCGAAUCCAUCCUGACCAGUCUGAUCGGAGGACAUGCCGUGAGCUACGCCACCGGUCUCGCGGCCCUCACUGCAGCGCUCACUCUGUUAAAUCCUCGGCGUAUUGCUGUGGGACAAGGCUACCACGGUAGCCAUGAAGUCAUUGCCGUGAUUUCCCGCCUGUCGGGGCUGCAGAAGCUCGACUUAGACUGCCCUGCUGAGAGUUUGGAGAAAGGGGACGUUGUUCUUCUGGAGACGCCGAUCAACCCAUUGGGCACGGCGUUUAGCAUCGAAGCAUAUGCCAAGAAGGCGCACUCCCGCGGCGCGUACCUGAUUGUCGAUAGCACAUUUGCGCCCCCCGGCCUGCAGGAUCCCUUCCAAUGGGGAGCAGAUCUCGUCUUGCACUCGGGGUCCAAGUACUUUGGCGGCCACAGUGACAUGCUGUGCGGUGUUCUCGCAACUAAGGACGAAAAGUGGAAGAAGCAGCUUAUCGAGGAUCGCCUGGCCGUGGGCAACGUGAUCGGAAAUCUGGAGGCCUGGUUAGGGGUGAGGAGUCUACGGACUCUGGAGGUCCGCGUGCAGCGCGCGAGCCAGACCUGCGGCAAACUGGUCUCCUGGUUGGAUCAGGCAAUGAAGUCCGCCAACCCCGCGCCAGGCAGCGAUGAGAGCGUUGUGCAGUCUGUGGUGAGCACAAUAUACCAUGCGAGCCUGCAGGAUGAGCCGUGGCUACAGAAACAAAUGCCUAACGGGUUCGGCCCGGUCUUCGCGAUUGUGCUCAAUAAGGAGGAUUUCGCACGGACGCUACCCAGCAAGCUGAGCUUCUUCCAGCAUGCGACCAGUUUAGGGGGCGUGGAGUCGCUAAUCGAGUGGCGCGCGCUUUCUGAUUCUCGUGUCGAUCGGAAGUUGCUGCGGAUCAGCGUCGGUCUCGAGCACUGGGAGGAUUUGAAGAACGAUCUGCUGCAGGCUUUCAAGGCGUUGAUUGAUGCUUAAAUCUAGCCGAGGAACCCGCCACGCUUCUUUCCGGUGCUGUGAAAAAGAAGAUGUCAUCACUAGCCGCGUGUUUUCAUUUCUGUCAGUUAUAGUGUCAAGUUAGCGAUCAAAUCACUUUGUUCAUCACUACCUCCCCU